GUUGCUCCAAGAGCCAUCUGUCGGUCAUAACGGAAACUGCAGUUCCUAUUUUCAGCUAUUUUCGCUCCAAAACAGUUCUCAAGCGGCUGAAAAGAAUGCAACAAGCUUUGUCCUCAGGCUCAAAACUUUGCCAGGCUCUAUAGCCAAACGGCUCAAGAGAACGACAAGAUAAAGAAACAAACAAAUGUUAAAUGUUGUGAUGAGAGAGAGAAGGAAAGUAGAGAGAGAGGCAGAUUUAAGACCGAAGUGUGGCGAUGUGAUUGUGAUGGUUUAGACGAGAAACUAGAACAUUUGUGCGUUGAUUUGUUAUAGUGAGGUGUUCGCUGUUCACAUGAUUGGUGCUCGCAUCUAUCGCAAUGGAAACUUUACUCCCUUCCGAGGUCGCAAGACUAGUUUUAGGCUAUCUAGAGGACGAAAAAUGCACAGAUGCAGCAAAAUGUUUCCUGGAUUCCUCACUUCACUUAAACGAAAUUCGCAUCCUUGCUCAAAAAGGAAAAAAAUAUCCUACCAAAGUGAAUGGAUUUAGUUUGGCAGAGGUGCUAGAAGAAUACUGUCUGAUUUAUACAAUUGUCCAGGAGAGUCUCUCUUCAAUGACAGAACAGCCAAAUGGUGGAAGUUUGAUUGACAACCUGCGGUAUGUGGUUCGACAUUGUCAACCAGUUCAAGUUCACAUAAAUUUACAUCCACAGGGUCAAAAUUCAUCAACAAAUAAAUCUGAGGUUUUUGACUCGUCCACGGGUUCCAACCGCCCACGUUCAAGAAAGACCACUGUGACCCAAGGGCAAGUUGCUGAAAAUGUAGAUCAAACAUCCACCUCUCAACCAGCAUUAAAUUCAACUGUCAAAGAUAGCAGUACAGCUGAAAGACUAGUUGCAAUAAGCACUUCAGAUACUCACCUCACGGCCCAACCCCCUCUUCAUGAGCCACAACUUGUGACAUCUGGAAAUCCAGUCUGUACUCAAGUGAAUCAAGAUGCCAACAUUGAUACUGAGUUCAGCUCACCCAGCCUAUCAAACUUUCCAAGUUGUCAAAAUGCUGGCUUAUCAUCAGAACCUGUUCAAAAUGCUCUGCCAGAGUCAAGCAGCACAUUUCAGAUUGUGAAUAUGGAUACCCAGGAACAAAACUCCUUAAUAACUACCACCCAACAAUCUGAUUCGUCUCUUGUAUUAAGAAGUGUUCAACAAGUUCCAUCUGCAGCUAUCAAUUCUAAUAAUGAAGUAGUGAUGCAUACAGGUGCUGAAUAUUUACGAUUAGAAAGUGUCAAGACUCAAAACAACUGUUCCAAGCCAGAAGAACCUAAUUGUUCGUUUGUCACCAAAUGUUACGGCUCUAGUAUUGUUUUCUUGGAUAACAAUGCUCUUUCUGAGCCAUGCACAUCCAAAACUUUGCCCCCCAGUAAUAGUAUUCAAGAAAAUUAUGACUAUGCUCCAAUUCUCACUCCAACUAAGACUCCAUAUGAUAGAAGAAUACUAGCAGAAGCUGCAGAAAAGUUUAAAGAAAAACUUUUAAAUAAUGAUGAAAUAGUUUCAAAACUUGUAGAAAAUAUUAACAAAGUCUUCACCCCAGCAAAGGAAUCUGAUAAUUCUCUAGCAGUUCCCUCAGAAUCAUUUGCUGAAUUUUCCAAAGAGCCUUAUCUUGAUGACUUUCUUCAUGAGUUUCUACAAUCUACAGAUGAUCACGAUCUCACUAUAAGUUCUGAAGGAGAGCAAGUUCGUGUGUUAAAUAGUUCACCGGGUUCAAAGAAAAAGAAAUCUGUUGCAAAGAACAAUAAUGGUGGUGUCAGCAAGCUGAAACAACUGUGUGAAAAUGCUGUCUCAAAUAUAAGUGGUGAAAGCAGCACGCCAUCCAAACAAUCUCUUGUCAAACUUAUAAACUCUGCCAAUUUUACUGUACCUGAACGAGCAACACCCAUGAAAGGGGCUUCAGAAGCUGAAGUCAUGACUCCUAUGACCAAACUUAUCAAGUCUAUUACCUCACCUAGCGGAGAACUUUACUUGGAGCCUUCACAAUUCUCUAAUCUUAUUGAUGUUCCAUGUAAAGACCAAUCUUUACCAGCUUUGCAGGCACCAAAUCAGUUUUCUCAUACCUAUCCUAUUGCUCUCAAUAAUGCAAUUGAGGUACCUAGACCUCAUGGACCUCCUCUUCAUGUGCCAGUAGUUAAUUGUAGUCCAACGGAAGUGGUGGAGUACACCAAUCAAGAGGGAGUUAGCACCAUUUCUACAGGUACAAUUGAGGUAGUACGUAGUACAUUCGUACCAAUUGCCCCUAAAUUAGAACCAGGUGAUGUUUUGCUACAAGUUCCUUUUGAAACAUUUCAAUUAGAACAACCAAAGAAAAGGCAGCAGCGUGCAAAGCAGUGCAUUACAAGAGGAGGCCGGCAGUCCAGUGGGCAAACGCGAGCUGCCAAACUCAAAGCUGCUGCCAAAGAAAUAGCUGCUUCCAAAGAUGCACCUGCUGCCAAAGAUGCAGAUGUUGCCAAAGACGCAGCUGCUAUGACUGACACCGCAGAAUUAGUAACAAUCUAUGCUGCUGAUGGUAUAGAAUGCAACACUGUUUCAUAUAGUAGCUCAUCAGAUCUACCCAUUCUCAUGUCAGAUAAUUCUGAUGAAGCCACUGGGGUUCAGCCUUUAGAAAGUGACAGUAGUAAUAAGGACUUGCCAAAAAAUGCUCAAAACGAGCCCAGCAGUGACGGACCACCUGAAUUAACAAAUGAUGCACCAAUUUCGGCAGGUAUUGAAAACGAUGGUCCAAAGGCAGAAGAUAACUGCUUACCACCUCUGAAUGCAUCCCUAGUUCGCAAUACGCCUGGGUUCAAUGGCGCUGCCAGAGCUAAUGAGAAACGUAUGAGCUUCAGCACUCCUCGAAGGCGUCUCAGCCACAUUAGAGCUCUUGACUUCAAUACACCACCCAAAGAUAGUGACCAAUCAAUCAGAAGAGCGAAUACAUCACCCAAAAAUAUGUCUGUAAAUGCUCUGUCACCAAACACUACAGGCAAAUCGAUUAAGUCAUCAUUAGCGGGAAGCCUGUUCAAGGCUCCAGGUGACGGCUCUCAGAGGACAAGUAAAGUCAAGGCCCAUCUUUUCAAGUCCCCUGACUACCCUUUCUCCUUGUCAAGUGGGUACAAAAUUCCAUCUUCUGCUGUUACUAGUACACCUUGUGAAGCAAGUUGCAGUAAAGAUGGUGACUCUCUACAACAACCCAGUAGUGCGUGGGACAAAAUUGGUGGAGUAAGCCUCAUCCUUGAUUCAGCUGUGUCACCUGUGAAGCGUGUGGAGCCUCAGUGCAAAAAAGGACUUAAGUCCUGGGAUUCUGAUCUGAGAUCUCUUAUCAGCUCGGAUCCUGAGCCUUUACCAAAAGAACCUUCAAGUGUACAACCUGCUCCUAAACGGAAAGUACCACCUCCUGCUCAGAGAAGACGAGUAAGAGGGAAGAAAAAUCAGAAGACAGAAGAGACAAAGUCAAAAGAAGAAGCACCUGAUAAAGGGGACGAAGCUGAGAAAAUUACUGAUCAAAGUGUUGCAGAGAAGAAAUCCUUUGAAAAAAGCCAUGAAAUUAGUACUGCAUCAGAUUGUGAAAUGGCCAAAAUGUUAGAAAAUAAUUUAAUGGAUGCAAGUUCUGAGAGUACUAAGAAGGAAAGUCCACCAAAAUCUUCUGUCACAACUGCUUUGAUAAGUGAGAGAAACACGGAAAUACCCUGUGAGGGGAAAGUCAUCGGAGAGAGUGCUGCUAAUCGUGAAUCAUCCUGUGCAAAACCAGCAUUGUCUGAAACCGCAACAGAAGGAAACUCUCAUGAGGAUUCAAGCAACACUUUAACUGAAAUGGAUCAGUCAAACAGUGGUAGUGAUUGCAAUCUGAACAGUGUAUCAAAUAUUGGAUUGUUAGAUUCUCCAAAAGAAACAAUCCCUACCAAAGCUCAAGCACACGAAGAAUCUGUAAAUAAUUGUGAAGAUACUGUCACAAAUAAGGCAAGCACUCCAGUGGCUGAUGGCAUAAUUGGAUCAGCAGUAGAAAAGUUUCGUCUCAGUAAGGCAACUUUGAAGGAAUCCUUCUCAUUUGAGACACCAUUGAAGGAUAAUGCUUUUGCUAACAUGAUCCCACAAACCCCUUGUUUCCUGGACCCUAGCUCUCAAUCUAAUGAAGAUACACCACGCACCAAGAUUAUCAAAGCUAUACCUCUUCCCAUGAUGCCUUCAGCAGAGACAAGUGAAAGUAACACACCAACGCUUCCACCCACCCCUACUAUUCGCACCACCACUCCUUCGGUGUCCCCCACUAUCCCUUACUAUCAACCCAAGGAGUCACCAUCCCGCCGAACACAGAUUUUCAAAAGUUCACCUAAAAUGAAAUCUUUUGACAGCCUAAAUAGUAUACUAGUUCAAGAGUGCUCGAGAUUAGAAGCAUCAGGGAUGCGUGAAUUACCCAAAAAAUGUGUAAUUGAACCCUCUCAGAACCAGGACCAAAUUCAAGUCCUAAUUGAAAGUGAAGAUGAUGCUGACAUCACAAAGGGUUCUAGUGAAGAUGGCACUUCUACGGCAAACAAGGAGCAAAAUAACGAUGUCAUGGAGGUCGACAUAAAAUUGGGAUGUGCCAGACUAAUGAGCUACAAAAGGAAGCCGCGUCCAGAUCAAAUGAACAAACUAAUAAUAGAUGCGCUGUCAGAGCCUUCUAGGAGAAGAAAUUGCUCAUCGGAUGAAAAUGUGGACUGCAUGAUUGUGUCACCUCAAAAAGAUGCAUUGGAAAGUUCCACUAAGGAUAAACCUCCUUCACCUCAAAAAGAUGUAUUGGAAAGUUCCACUAAGGCUAAACCGCCUUCACCUCGAAAAGAUGCAUUGGAAAGCUCCACUAAUGAUAAAUCGCUGUCACCUCAAAAAGACGCAUUGGAAAGUUCCACUAAUGAUAAAUCUCAACCUAAAGAAUGUACAUGUGAUCCUGAGAUACUAACAUCACCUCGACCCUCUGUAUCAAAAAGCUCAGAGUCAAAGAUUUCUCCUGAAUGUACCUACAAUGAUGAGGUAGCAACAUCUUGUAGACAUUCAUUGUCGAAUGCCACAAAUUCAGUAUUAGAAACUGUUAAUUCUGAGAUUCAAGAAGCUGAAGAGAUACUUGGUAGGAAAGUUUUUGGCACUAAGCUUUCGAUUACACCUUCUAAAUCACUCCAGCCACUUCAAAAAAUUCUUUCAUCUCCUGUUGUAUCUCCUUCAGAUAAAAAACAACCUGGUGUAGGUUUGGCUGUUUCUAACGUCAGCCCUCUUAGGCAUGAAGCAAGUUCACCUUUGAGGAAACCUCUCUCAACUCCUGUGAAGAUGAAAAGUGUGGAAAAGUCGAAACCGUCCUCUUCUAAGAAGAAAACACCACGAAAAAGAAAUCCUUUAGAAUCAGAUGAUGAUGAUGAUGAUGAUGAUUUGCCCUCUUCUAAGAAGAAAACACCCCGGAAACGAAAUCCUAUAGAAUCAGAUAAUGAUGAUGAUUCUUCAGAUUCAUCGUCAUCAUCAUCAUCAGGGUCAAGCUCUGCUUCAGACACAAAUUCUUCUUCAUGUUCAUCUAGCAGUGAUGAAAGCACACCUGUCAAAGAAAAUGCAUCCCCUGAAAAGCAACCUACUCCCUUGAAAUCAAGAACUAGGAGGUCUGCUGAAAAGGAUCAACCUAAACCUGACCUUGCUGCUUCUCCAAGUGCUCUCGAACAAGAAGCUCCACCAUUGAAACCUUCUGGAGCUGAAAUCACUGAGAUUUGCUCCAACGUGUCAGAAGUUGUGGGUUCAUCUGGACAAGUGUCUCAAGAAGCUGAGGCAGCAGCACAUGUUAAUCAUGAAUUGAAGUCUUUAAUAGAAACCAAAGAUAUGGGAACUUGUCAAAGAAUUGCCAGCAGUCGAAAUGCUCAUAGUGCAAAAGUGUCUGAUAUAAUAAACGAAAUGCAAGAGAAACGGCGGCGCACUCUUGAUGCUUUAAAAAAAGGUUCAUCUGGCCGGUCAAAAAAUUCUAAGGAUAAAGUAUUAAAUCCAUUUGCAAUGCAUAAAACACAGGAAUCUAUGAAGCCAGAGAUAGUCUCUCGAAGAAAGCAGGUUGGAAUAGCUGAUAAGCAACAAACCAAAGAGCCAAAUUCAAGUACUGAAGCGCCAAAGAAUCAACAUUCCAAAUCUGAUCCUGAAAAGCCUGUAAAUGAAAGAGAAUCUCAAGAAGGACGUCGCUCUCUGUCUGAUGGCACUACUAAUCCACAGUCAGAUGAAGAUGAAGGUUAUAAACUUCAUUUAGAUGAAGAAGAUGACAAAGAUGAACCACCACCAGAAACAUCAGCUCAGCCAAUAGACGAAGUAGAAAAACAAAUAGCAGCUAUGCAUGAAAGUAUUUUAUCUCCUGAUGUGAUAACACAUGAACAACCUACUGUUGUUGGCAGCCAGAAGGUAGUAGAUGAGGUAAGAAAAAACCUGAGUGACCUCGGUGAAAAGCCAUUGGAUGCGGGUUCUGUUGAAAAGUCCUUAGAAAUGGACUCUCAGAAGGUAGUUAGUAAGGUAAGAAAAGAGGAUCAGCUUUCAAAGGUAUCUGCACCCGGAACAUCUAUUCAUGAAGAACCUUCAGAAAGGCACUCCCAGAAGGUAAUAGAUGGGUUGGAGAAAGUAGAUCAGCUGUCAAAAGCACCUCCUGUUGUGAUGUCAACUCAUGAAAAGCCAUUAGUAAUUGGAACCAAGAAGGUAAUAGAUGAGGUGGAGAAAGAAGACCAGCUGCCAGAAAGACCUAAAGCAUCUGUGCAGGGUGGCAAGCCUGUCUUAGCUAAAGCGUCGAGCAAAGCAGCUGAUGAAGUCCUAAGAACACUUCUGGAAAAAGGAUUUGGCUGCGCAUUGCCUCCUCCUCCACCAGGAAAAAUUAGAAAAGUGGAACCUAAUGUUCAAGAAGCAAACUCUGAGAAGAAAGGUGAUAAAAUUGCGUCCAAUGAGAAAAAGACUGAAGUAGGUACAGGACAGUCAAAUAAAGUUAAGACUAUUGCAGAAAAUUGUGACAAAAAAGCAGCAAAUUCAGAAAAGUCUAACAAGAAAGCAGUAUCAACAUCAGAGAAACCUGAUGUGAAGACGAGCAGGCCAAAGGACAUUAAUUCAAGUAAGAGAUCUAAUUCAAGGGUAAAUAUGUACCCUGAAGAUGCAGAAGAACAUCACUCGGAUGCAGAUGAUGAAGAUGAUGCUUGUAUGGAAGAAAUCAAUACAAGUCUUGGUAAUGCCGUGGAGCUUAAACUCACCUACAAAGGACUUGGACACUUUGUACCAAAGCGUGAUUUAUGUGUUGCUAAACCACUGAAAAUCAUGAUGGGUGAAGGUCAACCAAUAUCUCUUGCUCCAACUUUAUUUCUUCCCUUGUUUGAAAGGAUACCAGGCGAACAUAGUCCUAAAUCUGAAUCCGCUAAGAAGCAAGCUCAAGAACCAGUAAGCAGAAAGAUGAGUAGAACUUCUAAGAGUAAUCUCAGUAGAAGAACUUCUGGUGGCAGUCUAGUCAGAACAACGUGGGAUGGCACCUGUUCCAGGCACCAGAAUAGCAGAUCAGGAAGGAAUAGAUCUCCCUCUCCAAGAUAUAGGCGGGUCAGUCAUCAUAAUAAUGACCGAGGUUCUGUUCGAGAUACCCACAGAAGUCAGGGUUACUAUCCAAGGAGAGAUUCUUACAACAGAAGGCAUGAAGCCAAUUCUUCACAUCACAGAGGGUCCUCAGAGUAUGAGUCAAGGCUUAGUGAAGCCUCGAAGUCUAGGACAAAACCUGUUGAGAGGCAAGAGGCAGAGGAUGGUGAAAUACUUUCCUCUGAUAGUAGUGACUUUGAAGUUAAAACCAACAACAGGAGAAGAAAAGCCUCCAGCCCUCCUUCUAUGAGACAAGUCAAAAGAAGUGCAAGGGAAGGUAUGACUACCACAGAGAAAGGUUCAAAAGAAAGUGAGCCAAAGAAAACCCAUUCCAGUCCACUGAAGGUGAAACGAACCACUAGAAGAGUUUCUCAGUCUGUUGCAAAAUUCAGUAUGGAUUUGACUGAAAGUUCUGAGAAAGAGAGAAAAACCAAGAAAAAAGGCACUGUUGAAAAACAGAGUCAAAAAGUCCCAACUACAACUAGUGAAAAGCUUGGCAGGGAUACCCAGGAUGAAGAUGUAGAUGAUCUUGACCUGGAUAAUACAAUAUUUCCUGUUCUUGGCGAAGAUGCUGACGAUUUUGAAAAUAGUACCAAGGAAACACAACCAAAUGGUUCCAAUGAGAAUGAUCAGAGUGGAGUGGUUACACGACGAAGAGCUCCACCACGCUCAGUUAAUGCUCACAAGGUGUCUGCUAUGGAGACCUGUACCCCAAUUCAAAAGGGGAAGAGAAAGCUAUCUACUUCUCCUGAUGUUGCUUCUGAGGAUAGUUGCCACAGUGUGCUGAGCUCAACUAACCCUGAGGGCCAAGUUCGAUCUUCAAUAAAAGCUGCAACCUGUUCAACUGCUCCUCCUGCCAAGAUGUCAAAGCCUAACAAUAAGGGGGAAAAAGUUGCAGAAACUGAAAUUAUAAAAAACCUUGAUGUGGAGUCAUUCCUAUCCAAGCUUCAUGGAUAAUAAAUCCUACUUCUCUGCUCAUGUGUGGAGAAUGUGCUAUGUGAUAAUAGUAAUAUAAGUUAAGGUGAAUUCAGAAAGGCGUAAAUUUUGUGGAAACUACUUCCAGACUUUUCAACAAGUGUCAUAAAAUUGACUCAGUUUGAAAACUGUUGUAGAUUUUACUUAAAAUGCAGUACUUUUCUACCAACCCAUUUGGUGCUUUUUAUUUAUUGGUUCUUUCUCCUUUCCCCUUCUCUAUAGCUAGCUAAUUUUAAAGAUGUUGACCUGUAUCGGCUCGAUUUAGGUUCAGACAUUGUUCUUGGUUUUGAAAUGCAGAGAACUACUAUAGAAGCAGUGUAAGAUAUUUGUUCAUUAGUUUCUGCCCAAUUUUGUGAUAUUGUGUAUCCUUGAAGGUAACAUCUCCAUAAUUUCUGGUUUUGGCGGACGUCUCUGUGUUUUUAAAUUCACACCUUCGAUAUCUUUCACCUUUCUUUUUAAAUUUGUAUUUUUCACCUAUUGUUUAUGACCAUCUGUACUAGUGUACCUGUUAAUUAUGUAUGUGUAUGCUUGAUUUUGUUAGUGAGAUGCACAGAAUAAGGAGACUGAAAUAGAAGCUUUGUGCAUAUUUUUAUUACUAAGCAUACUUUAUAUUUUUGUGCAAUUAGACAUAUAGUUACAGUGGCAUAGUAUUUUUAAAACCUCUUGCAUGCCUUAACAAAACAAGUGCCAUCAUUGCCUUUGUUUCUCAUAUUUUUCUUUGUUUCAAUGUUGAAGGUAAACAAGUCUGUUGAUGUGUGCAACAUGUAUAUCCACUCCAUUCAUUGUGGUGCAACAUGUUCUCAUUGAACCUUGGGUUUUGUCUGUGUCUUUCAUAGCUCUGGAGACAUAUGUAGCAGAAAGAAAAUAAAAUCCAGUGUUCGCCUUCCUUU